CAUAGCUGCCUUGACCCAAGGCAACUACAUAGUCUCCUCCGAGAGACGAGACCAGGUGCACCAUAAUUUUUUUUAGUUUUCAUGCAUGAGUGUGUUGCCAAUGGAGGCUGGUUUUCUUGAUUUGCCUGAUCGCACGAUAGCUAACACGACAUGUGCAUUGUGUGAUCAGAUUUACUCGGGUUGCGAACUUAGUCUAAUGAUUUGAACCAUUGCCACAACUCAUACCACUGGCCUUUUGGUGGUUUGUGACCAUCAUGGGCAUUCGAAUUACCUCUUGGAAUGUCAACGGCAUCAGAAACCCAUUCUCUUACGAACCAUGGCGGGAAAACAGAACCUUUCAGUCCAUGUUUGACAUCCUAGAAGCAGACAUUGUUGUCAUGCAAGAGGCAAAAAUCCAGCGCAAAGACCUUCAAGAUGAUAUGGUGCUCGUCCCCGGCUGGGAUGUCUACUUCAGCCUCCCAAAGUUUAAGAAGGGCUACUCUGGCGUUGCCAUCUACACGCGAAACUCAAAAUGCUCACCAAUACGUGCUGAGGAAGGUAUUACUGGCAUCCUAUGUAAUCCAAACUCUACCACCAAAUUUCGCGAGCUGCCUCAAGAACAUCAGAUUGGUGGCUACCCUAGACCUGAUCAACUCUCCGACAGCAUAGAUGAGGCUACUCUGGACUCGGAAGGGCGUUGCGUGAUCCUCGAAUUUCCUGCCUUUGUGCUCAUCGGUGUGUACAGCCCAGCCACUCGCGACGAAACCAGGACCGAUUUCCGUCAGGCGUUCCAUAAGGCUAUGGAUGCAAGGGUCAGAAACCUUGUCGCCAUGGGCAAACAAGUUGUGCUUACGGGUGACCUCAACAUCAUUCGCAACGAGCUCGAUACAGCCGGCCUGGUAGAGCGUCUGCGCAAGGAUGAGAUGACUAUGGACGAAUUCUUCUCUACGCCAUCACGCCGGUUUCUCAAUCACCUCGUAUUUGGUGGUACUGUCGUCGGUGACCGGGACCAAGGGCGCGAGGAGCCGGUCCUGUAUGAUCUCGGUAGAGAGUUUCAUCCCGGCCGGAUGGGCAUGUAUACUUGCUGGGAGACACGCAAGAAUGCACGACCUGGAAACUUUGGUUCUCGCAUAGACUAUGUCUUGUGCAGCGCUGGCAUGAAAGAUUGGUUUAUUGACGCCAAUAUUCAGGAGGGACUACUUGGCUCUGAUCACUGUCCAGUCUAUGCCACCUUGUCUGAUAGCGUGAGGACUGCUGAGGGCAAGGAUGUACACCUUGUGGACAUAAUGAAUCCAAAAGGCAUGUUUGCUAAUGGCGAAAGAGUGAGAGAUUGGUCUCCCAAAGACCUUCUCCCAUUGUCGGCAAAGCUUAUCCCUGAUUUCGACCGUCGGAGGAGCAUUAAGGACAUGUUUUUCAAGAAGCCAAAACCGACAAGUAGCAGAGAUUUGCCAUCUGAAACAAGCGAAGAAACACCCUCAGACACAACACCACCAUCACCAGUUAAAAAAUCACCGCAACCUAAAGAAGUUAAUCAGUCAGCCAAGCAAGACAGACAGCCACCCUCCCAAACAUCCACAUCCUCAUCCGCAGUAGGCCUACCCCAGACUCAGUCUAGCAUACAAAAAAGACCCAGCAAGCCAUCUGCAUCAACCUCACGACCACAAAAGAAGACAAAACUGUCAGCAAGCCAAACAACAACAAAGAAUGGCACCGAUAGGGCUCCUGGUCAGAAAAGCCUUAUGGGCUUCUUCAAGCCGAAAGAUCCGACCAGUACGCCAGCAACACACGGAGAAACAACAUCAAUUCGCACCACCGCCUCGCCCACCAAAAGUAGAAAUCCCUUUAGCCCAAAGAUAUCAUUUGUGUCUUCAAAAGGAGACCAGGAAGAGGCUCUACAAGACUCAGAGAAAGGAAAAGACGUUAUGAAUGGCGGGCGAAGCAUCAGCAGCGACAAGGAGGACGACAUCGAAGCAGCUCUUCCGGACUCACCAAAGGUCUUUGAUCCAGUUGAAAACAAGGAGUCGUGGUCAAAGUUACUGAAGAAGAGAGUUGUUCCCAAGUGCGAGCAUGACGAGCCGUGCAUCAGCCUACAGACCAAGAAGCCAGGCAUCAACUGUGGCAGGUCCUUUUACAUUUGUGGAAGGCCUCUUGGGCCGUCGGGCGAGAAGGAGAAAGGAACCGAGUGGAGAUGUGGCACAUUCAUUUGGAGCAGCGACUGGAAUGCGUCACAGCAGAGCUAAGAGGACAGAGUGCUACUGUUAGUUUUGUGUUCCUACCUCAGAGUGAACCGGGCCACAAGGCGGACGGCAGGCACAUCUUGUCAUCAUCGUCAACAUUUCAAUCUCACAUCACAUAAGUCACAUUGGCAGUUUCACUAAGACAAGCAAUGGCAAGUCGCGGGAGCUUUUAUCAUCAGUGACAGGUCGAAUGAUUGAUUUAGUGUAUCGACCUGCUUUGCGCAUUUUCUCGCGGUGACAACAUCUUGUGUUGUUCCAUCUGACGCGCGGCUGUGGAAAAGCAGAGGGAAUAGAGGAAAGAAAAUAAAAAUGCGAGGGUAUCUGUGUCAUGAUGGGUCAUAUGCCUGUAAAUAGUCCACCCUUCCUCCCCUUCUCCUGUGAAUGAUGCAGAAAAACCGGUCAAAAACAUAACAAGUAAACCUUGAUAACAAAAUGGGG